AUGUGGUUACGGUCGGUGUGUCCAACUGAUAAAUUGACACUAACGGAAGAAAUCAAGUUGUUCACUCGAUACAUCUCACUCACGCCAAACGAACAAGAACUCCGACAAAUAAGUUAUCAAAAAGUGAGUCAACUCUUAACAAACAGAUAUCCCGGAUGCGAAGUCACGAUAUACGGGAGUUACGUCUCUGGAUUUUCAUUACCUUCCAGCGACAUUGAUUUAGUCUUAUCCUUCUCCGAAGAGGUGUCAAAAAACCAAGUGAAGAAAUUGCUCUUCAAGAUCAGUACCAUCUGUCGAUCGUCGAAAUUUCUGCGAGUCGAGGACGUAAUAACGAACGCUAAAGUCCCUAUCAUUAAACUGUUAGAUUUGGAUACAACGAUCUCUAUAGACUUGUCUAUCAACUGUGAGGGGGGUAUCGACUCCUCUGCACUUACACAUUCUCUAUUAACUUCAUCACAAUUCACACAAGAGAUAGCCCUCUUUGUUAAGUACUUAGUCUUUCAGAACAAUUUGAACGAACCGUACCAUGGCGGAAUCGGUUCAUAUGCUAUAGUCUUACUCACAGCAACAUUCUUGAAGUUCUACCCACAACAUUCCCUCGGGAGAGCACUUGUCGAGUUUCUCAAUUUCUAUGGAAACAUCUUUAAAAUGGGGAAGACGGGGGUCUCGUACCAACACGGCUUUUUUAGCUUGGUUGAGAAAAAUCUCUUUGAGGAAGACUCACUGGUCAUCGAAGACCCAUGCGACGAAGGAAAUAAUGUUGGAAGGUCGUCAUUCAAGUUCAACGCAGUUCAAUUUCUUUUCAAAAAGACGUUAAUGGGAAUCAACUUAAUCAUUAAAAACCCGGAAGGGAUGUACCUCCCAAGCGGAAGCAGGCUGGCUAAGGUCGUCGCCAUACCAAAGAGUUUACAGAAGUAUAGAGAGGCGAUUGACGCUGUUAAGUCGGAACAAAAAUCAGAAGAGAAAACAGAGGAAAAGGAAGAGGUUGAAGUCAUGAAAUCGCCUGAAAUAUACAACGAACCAUUAGUUCAGUAA